GAUUGGCCGGUCGCCCCGCGGCCUGGUUGGUCGAAGGUAGCGCGGAAGCGGGGAGUUAAAGAGUCUGUGGCUGCCUGUCUGUCGUGUGUGCUGUCCCCGGCCCCCUCCUGUGACCCCUGGAGCCGAUAUUGGGGGGCUCCUUUUUUUGUACACACUUAUCGUUUGCUUUCUGUGCUAUGGGAGAUGUCAAAGAAUUAAAAAUGCAAAUAACACCAGAAACUCCAGGAAGAAUCCCCGUUUUAAAUCCUUUUGAAAGUCCUAGUGAUUAUUCUAAUCUGCAUGAACAAACUCUUGCCAGUCCUUCUGUUUUUAAAUCCACAAAAUUACCAACUCCAGGGGAAUUUAGAUGGUCUAUUGAUCAACUAGCUGUAAUAAAUCCUGUAGAAAUAGACCCAGAAGAGAUUCAUCGUCAAGCAUCAUACUUAAGUCAUUCUCGUUUUUCACUAAAGAUGUCAUCGUCCCAUCUCCUUGGACUGACCAUGACGGGAAGCAGCUUUCAGAAUAUCAUUCCAGUAAAUGUGAGUAUUAACAUAAAUAGUGACUCUCCAGCUGGAAAAAAGCUGAACCCUCAUUCUGAGAAAAGCAAUGCUGCUUGUCAGACAUUGCUGUCUCUUCCUGUGGAUUUUAAUUUAGAAAAUAUAUUAGGUGACUACUUCAGAGCUGAUGAAGGUGCUGAUCAGUCUCCUGGAAACCUUAGUUCUUCAUCUCUCAGAAGAAAGCUUUUUUUAGAUGGCAACGGGAGCAUCUCUGACUCCUUGCCUUCAGCUUCUCCCAGAAGUCCUCAGAGCAAUGGUCAAGCAUCACUUGAGGUGUUUUAUGCAGUAGAUUUAUCUCCUGUGCAGUGUAGGAGCCCCAUGCAGACACCUAGCUCGGGGCAGUUUUCUUCUAGCCCUAUUCAGGGGAGUUCAAAGAGGUACAGUUUGGGAAGUAUAACAAGCCCUUCGGCCAUCUCUUCACCCACUUUUUCCCCAGUGACACUCCAAGUAGGAAAAACACCGCUCUCAGAACAAAGGAAGUUUCCUUUUCACUCUCCUGAUGUUUCAUCUGGAAGAAAUUCUAGUGGAAUCGCUAACCCGUGUAUCAGGAGUCCCUUUAUAGAUGGCUGCUCGCCAAUUAAAAAUUGUUCUCCUGUGAGACUUGAGAUGUGUGGAAGUACUCAGCAGCAGAGCUCACUCAUUCACUUGCCCUUCCAUCUGGAGACUCAGAGCAAAGAGGAAGUGGAAGAAAACAAAGAGAACAUCCCUUCCAUCAUCUCAUCACCAGUCAGAGAGACCACAAGAGGGUGGCCGUGGUCAUUGAAGAGUGACACCUCUUCACGAAGCCCCCCUGCACUUGUGACCGCCAUGUCCAUGACGCAGAGCCAGUCCAGUGCUUCUGAGCGGGAGCUGGCACUGUGGGAGGACAUUGAGAGUGUGAGGGAGAGCGACACUGUGGACAUGGCCGAUCCCGAUCCCAUACAGACAGUAGAUGAGAGCACUUGGAUCAAGGAGCCGGUUGAUAAUGGGAAUUCACCUGUGACUGAUUUCAUGAGUGGAAUCGCCUUCAGUAUGGAAAGUUCUCACAUGUGUAUGUCGCCUCUUGCAGAGAGCAGUGUGCUUCCUUGUGAAGGCAGUAGUAAUAUUCAGGUAAGGUAUCGGAUCAUCUUGUAG